AUCCACAUAGAAAAUCGAAUGCGUCAUUUUUAAUCAAAGUUAAGUUAAUUAACCAUUUUCAACCAUUCUUAACCAUUCAUUCAAAGCUAACGAUGAUCAUUAGACUUAAUAAUACACAUCGAUAACAUUUAAAUGAUGCAAUUGGAAUUUGUUUGUUGUUCGAUUUUGAUUAUCCGCAUAAUGUUAAUUGUAUUUUAUUCGAGCUGGGGACCGGUCUCUUGUAAAUGUGUCUUCUAGCCUUGCAUCAAUCACACGACAUCUUUAAGAAUUUACAAGAUAACCAUCACCUUAAUCAUUUUAUCACAAGGUAAAAUCCUUGUGAAUUUGUUAGACUUUGUUGAAUGAACGGCAUUAUAAGAUAUUAAAAAUAUCAUAGAUUUAAAUUUGACCCCGACGUUUUAUUUGCGAUGCUGAUUUUCAUCUGGUGCGGAAAAAUGACGAAAAGAAAUCAAUGAAUCGAAAUGUUCGACUCUGUGUUGUGUGGUCGCUGGAAUUUUAAUAGAGAAAAAAAUGACAAUUUAGCCGAAAACAAAAUAAAGAGAGAAUGACAAUGGCCAAAAAUGGAGACGUUGUACUGAUUACAGGUGGAAGUGGCUUUCUUGGCCAGCACAUCGUUAAACAUUUGCAGGAAAAUGACGAUGAUGUCAAAGAGAUUCGCAUCAUCGACUUAAAACCAUACAGAAAUAACUUGAAGCACACUGAAACGAAGCCCAUUAAAACCAUUGUGGGUGAUAUUUGCGAUACGGAAGCAAUUGAAGAAGUGUUCGACAAUGUUGAUGUGGUGUUUCAUUGUGCGGCCUUCAUUAAUUUCCAAUUUCCACCAAACGUCGAUGAACUCGAGCGCGUUAAUGUGAACGGUACAAAAAAUAUAAUAAACUUGUGCAUCAAACACAAUGUGCCAAGGUUAAUUUAUACAAGUAGCGCAUCUGUUACAUUGACAUCAUAUUUGGGAUUGGCACCGUUUGCCGUUGUUGUUAAUCUAACCGAAAGCAAAACAAAGCAAGUAACAUCCGAUAAAGAUAUUCUCAUACCCGGCUAUUCGGUGACCAAACAUCGUGCUGAAAAGAUUGUUCUCGGCGCAAAUGGAACUAACUUAGCAAAUGGCACAGGUGAACUCAUAACAACAUCAAUUCGUCCAACUGUAUUGUAUGGCGAAGAAGAUCCGUACUUUUUUCCAACAUUGGCCAAAAUUACAAAGAAAACUGGAGGCAUUAUACCAAAAGUAUUGGGCGCGGGUGGAAAACAUCAAAUGACUUAUGUCGGAAAUGCUGCAUGGGCACAUAUUCGUGCAAAAGAAACGCUGAAAAAUGCAUCGAAAAACAUCGCUGGCUUGCCGGUAUUUGUGACCGAUGACACUCCCAUUGAAGAUACUUCACGAUUUUGCCAACGAAUGUCUCGUCGCACCGAUGCCUUUAACAUUCGACCAACGUCGUGGUCAUUGCCAUCGUUGCUCGGCUAUUGGCUGGCCAUUUUAUUAGAAAUCAUUAUUUCGAUGUUGAAUCCCAUUUUUGGCACAAAACUCAAUUUUCAGCCAAGAGCAUUGGCAGCAUAUGCUGGUUCAUUAUUACAAUACAGCCGAUUAAGAGCCGAACUACACAUGGAUUACGAGCCACUUUACAAUGAAGAACGUUCACUAGACGAUAGUGUAAAAUGGUAUGCAAAAUGGUAUAAAUCCUACUUCAACAAGGAUAACACAUCCAAAAAAGCUGAAUAAUUCAAAUCAGCUAAUGGCCACAUACAGAGAGAAACUCUUUCCAUUUUGUUUCCUCUUUUAGUGAAAUUAAAACCGAUUCAUAAAUUUUCCUUUUUAUCAGAGCAUAAAAUUGCAAUUGCGAAGAAACGCAACAGCUCAGCGAGUGCAAUCAUUUAAUAGUGCUUAGUUCAUUUUUCAGGCAUCGUUCCAAAGUUCAUAUUAGUAUACUGAUUUCAAUAAAUGCAAACAAGCAAUAAUCAGCGGUUGGUAAAGGUGAUCGUCUUCGUCAUUGACGAUUUUAUGCUCUGCUUUUCAUAUUGUGGUGCUGAACAAUUUAAGUUUAAUUGUCUUUUUUAUUGGUUUUUUAAAUGCAUGUAUGUUGAAAAUGUUUUUGGACUACAUUCAGAGGUUAACCACAUCACCCAACAUUUUUCUUUUUAUACCUUUCUUUUUAUACAUAAAUUUAAUGAUACAAUACAGAUUAAAAUAAAACAUACAAAAUACGAA